GACGCGUGGAGCUGUCCUGUUUCGACGAAGGUGUAAUCGCAGGGUCCGAAGCCGCGCGCGUUUGUUGUCGAGGGGUAUUCGAGUCUGCAGCUCGGGAAGGAGACGAAGCAUCAGAGCCGGAAUAUCGCACCGAGUUCAAGCCCCAAAGCUCGGUUUGAACCCUGAAAAUGGUCCGCGUUUUCUGCACCAGCUUGGCCCUGGGCCUCGCCCUGACGGCCUGCGCCGCCUUUCCGAGAGCCGUUAUGGCCAUAGACCUGAGCCGACUCUACGGCCACUUAAGCUCCAAGAGAACAGGUGGAGCGUGUCACGCCUAUGAGCCCUUCAAGUGCCCAAAGGAUGGACUUUGCAUCUCAAUACAGUAUCUUUGCGACGGUGCUCCUGAUUGUCAAGACGGCUACGAUGAAGAUUCUCGUUUGUGCACUGCUGCAAAAAGGCCUCCCGUCGAGGAGACAGCUAGCUUUCUGCAAUCGUUGCUCGCCAGCCACGGUCCAAAUUACCUCGAAAAAUUAUUCGGAAGUAAGGCUCGAGACGCUUUGGCGCCCCUCGGAGGCGUUCAAAAAGUUGCCAUCGCUCUAUCGGAAUCUCAAACCAUCGAAGAUUUCGGCGCUGCUCUGCAUCUCAUGCGUUCCGAUCUCGAGCACUUGAGGUCAGUUUUCAUGGCUGUGGAGAACGGAGACAUUGGAAUGUUGAAAUCGCUUGGCAUCAAAGACUCGGAACUGGGUGACGUUAAAUUUUUUUUGGAAAAAUUGGUGAACACCGGUUUUCUGGACUGAAUUAUCUAUUCUCGGUAUUGCAAAAACGGAAACUCAUCUUGCAGACACUCACUACAGACUUUCCCAUGGUAUCUUACAUAGAACCCGAUAUUCUUACAUUAUUCACAAAUUACACAUUCAAAAAAUGGACGAUUCCCAUACCUCUAUAUUUUACAAAUCGCAAAAAUUAGUACAUCGUCAAAUAUUUGAGAGGGAAUAUUCGAGCAGUUAUAGAUGUUUUCAAUAAAAAUAACGUGCCACGCGUUUCCGAGUAUUGCAUAAGUCUUGUAACCUGCACUUCAGUAUUUUCAUUUUAUAUAUAUAUAUACAAUGUGUAUUAAAAUUGAAGCAAUGUGGUACAAUGACAAAUGCUUCGGUAAAAAAAAAAAAAUUACUAUGCCACGCGAAAUCGGAUUCAAUGUCUAUAAAAGUUUCACCAGCACAAGAUAUGAUAAUAAUAAUAAUAAUAAUAAUAAUAUAUGAGUCAAUAUGGAGUUUUUGAACCGAGAAAUCAAUUCAAUCUUAUAGUAAUUCACCGUACAGAUAUCACGAUUGCACUAUUUGGUAUAAAUGUUUUACAAAAAAGUUUUCGUACUUAAAUAAAGUGGUGUAAUAUUAACCUCGAAAUUUAUCAUAUCAGAGUGACAACUUCCGAAUUUCGAGUCAUACCAUUCUUCUAAAACAUUUUAUUCUUAUGUCAUCAAAAGAAUUCAAGCUACAGAUGUAAAGCAUAUGUGCCUGUGUAUGUAUGUGAGUAGGAAUACGGUAUACAUACUCAUAUCAAUAUAUAUAC